UUGGAGUUUCCUUUUCCCCGCUCCAGUCCUGCCUUUAACAAAGACAAACGCCCAGGCACAAGCCAAGCCCUGCAGACCUGGUGGGUAGCCCGCCCAUCAGCCCCGCUGCGCACACGCACAAGCUCUGCAGCCCAGCGCCCACCGCCCCCCUCGCUCAGCAGCGCAGCAUCCGGGCCAAGGAGAAAGCCCGAGGGGACUGCGGACUGCCCUGAGCCAGGAAGACCCUCGGAGCCCAGCCACCAUGAGCGAGAUUCCUAAGGACUCCUUGAAGGCCAUUCUGUUGGAGUUAGAAUGUCACUUCACAUGGAAUUUACUUAAGGAAGACAUUGAUCUGUUUGAAGUGGAAGAUACAAUUGGGCAACAGCUUGAAUUUCUUACCACAAAAUCCAGACUCACUCUUUAUAACUUACUGGCCUAUGUGAAACACCUAAAAGGCCAAAAUAAAGAUGCCCUAGAGUGCUUGGAGCAAGCAGAAGAAAUAAUCCAGCGGGAACACUCAGACAAAGAAGAAGUACGAAGUCUGGUCACUUGGGGAAAUUAUGCCUGGGUUUAUUACCACAUGGACCAGCUUCAAGAAGCGCAGAAGUAUGCAGACAAGGUAGGGGACGUCUGCAAGAAAAUGUCUAGUCCUUUUAACUACAAAUUGGAGUGUCCUGAGAUUGACUGUGAGAAAGGGUGGGCACUUCUGAAGUUUGGGGGAAAGUAUUACCAAAAGGCUAAAGCAGCUUUUGAGAAGGCUCUGGAAGUGGAACCAGACAAUCCAGAAUUUAACAUCGGCUAUGCCAUUACAGUGUAUCGGCUGGAUGAUUCUGACAGAGAGGGGUCUGUAAAGAGCUUUUCUCUGGGCCCUCUGAGGAAGGCUGUUACGCUGAAUCCAGAUAACACCUACAUUAAGGUUUUUCUGGCACUGAAGCUUCAAGAUGUACAUGCAGAAGCUGAAGGGGAAAAGUAUAUUGAAGAAAUCCUGGACCAGAUAUCUUCUGAACCUUAUGUCCUCCGUUAUGCAGCCAAAUUCUACAGGAGAAAAAAUUCCUGGGACAAAGCUCUGGAACUUUUGAAAAAGGCCUUGGAGGUGACACCAACCUCUUCUUUCCUGCAUCACCAAAUGGGACUUUGCUACAGGGCACAAAUGAUCCAAAUCAAGAAGGCCACACGCAACAGACCUAAAGGAAAAGACAAACUGAAAGUCGACGGGCUGAUUGCAUCUGCUAUAUUUCACUUCAAGGCAGCUGUGGAGCGAGACUCUAUGUUUGCAUUUGCCUACACAGACCUGGCCAACAUGUAUGCCGAGGGAGGCCAGUAUAGCAAUGCUGAGGACAUUUUCCAGAAAGCCCUCCGUCUGGAGAACAUCACCGAUGAUCACAAACAUCAGAUCCACUACCACUAUGGCCGUUUUCAGGAGUUUCACUGUAAAUCAGAAAAUACUGCCAUCCACCAUUACUUAGAAGCCUUAAAGGUCAAAGACAGGUCAUCCCUACGUACCAAACUGACAAGUGCUCUGAAGAAACUGGCUACCAAGAGACUUAGUCACAAUGCUUCAGAUGUGCAGAGCUUAAGUGCCCUGGGGUUCGUGUACAAGCUGGAGGGAGAAAAGAGGCAAGCUGCUGAAUACUAUGAGAAGGCCCAAAAGAUAGAUCCCGAAAACGCAGAAUUCCUUUCUGCUCUAUGUGAACUUCGACUUUCCAUUUAACUGCAUAACGCUAGGAAAGCAGUUUUAAAGCUCUUCUUCUAUUUUGGGUUCUUAUAUUUUUGUUUAUUAUUUUAACCCAUUCAUUACAGGGUCAUUUUUUAGUGAAUGGUCAGUGUGUACCAGCCAUCGUGUUAAACACUUUAUAUACAUUGUGAUGACUCAUUUUCUGUUUUAUACUUUUUUAAUUAAAAUACUAUAGUUCAUUAAGAAACAGCAACAUUCCAGCUGUUGUAACUUAAAAAUGGCAUCGCCAUUUUGACUAUAUACCCUUUAUCUCUGCUAUUUAUAAUAAUGUUCUGAUUAAGUUUUGUCAAAUUUCCCAUAUUACUCACUCAUGCAGUGAGAAUAAUCCUACAUAAAUCUUUGACUCCUAGGUCAGGAACACUGUUUCAGGGGUGCAAAAUUAUGUAGCAUACAAAAGAUGGAAUCUUCCAGCUAUAGAUGUUCUUAAUUAUGUAACAUACAAAAGAUGGAAUCUUCUAGCUACAGAUGUUCCAAGUUUGUUGAGGAUAUUUAACGAUUACCCUAAAGAAUCCUCUUUGUUGGAAGAACAAAGUUCAUAAUAAAAAGUUUGUCAUCUCUGAUGACUGCAAUAAAAAAAACUAGAACAUGAGAAAAAAGAUUUCCUCAAAUACAGGACUUUAGGGACCCAUGAAAAAUCAGCAGUAUUAUCUCCCAAAAUGUUCAGUAAGUAGCUAGAAACAGUUAUGAGGAAAAAAUGAAGAAUGGAAAAUCAUUAGUCUCAAGUUUCUUUGGUUCUUUAACUGGAAGAAUAAACUUAAACUGAAGAUGCCAUUUUAAUUUUCCCAAUUAGAACUGCAGUAUUUUUAGGUUAUAAUCAUUGAGAUAGAAAGCAGACCAAUUAAGAAAUUGGAAAGAUAAGCAAAUGUAUAAAGUAAAAGUCCCUAGUCUAGUGAUUUAGCUUUGGGUCUGGACUGGGUAGAGUUCUCAUACCCCUAAUUUCUGGCCUUUGGUUAACUGUUUUAGAAUUCCAGCUUACUUCUGUGAAGCUUUUACUUUUGUCUGAAGUUUUCAGAUUGACAUGUUUUCCUAUAGAUCCUGCAGGAAUAGGUAAGCCCAGCUUUUAGUUUUAAUAUCCACCUUGAAGGAUUGCUGUUGAAGGGCUUUAAUCCCAAGGGACUUUUUAAAUUGGGAUGUUGUUAAAAGUGGCUUCUCUAAUGUUAUUUCUUUUCUUAUGUUUACCACCAGUAUUAGUGGAAAAGUGUGCCAUGUUAUUUAAUUCUCUAUACCUCUAGUGUAGCUCUUAAAACUAAUGUGUGUGUGUUUUCAUUUUUGUUGCUAUUUUUAUUUUUUUAUUUCCAUUAUGGUUUUGAUUAUUAUAAAAGUAGUGCAUUAUCAUUGUAAACUUCCAAACAAUGCAGAAGUGUAUGAAUUUAAAAAUAAGUGCAUUCCCCUGACCCUACCCCAGUUCUACACCCCCAGGUAAACUGUUACUAAUUUGAUUUGUACCUUUCCAGAUAGCUUUUCUAUGCACAUUCAGACAUACAUAUAUACUGCAAUGUAGCUCAUGAAUUAAAUUUUUUUUAAUGUUUGUUUUACUUAA